AUGCCUCCCCCAGGAAUAUUUCUGGCCCCCCGGGCCCCGAACUCAGCUCGCGCUCUUCGGCGCAAGGAAAUGAAGAAGGUCAAGGCAAAGAAGGCCGAGAAGAAGAAGAAGAUGUUCGAGUCUGGGCACGCGUAUGUAGAAGAGAUGAUUGCCGAGGCCGAGCGCCUCGAGAAGGCUGCUGCUGUUGACGAGGAGGAAGCGCGAAGAAAGCGGGCCCGCGCCGCGAAUCUGCGGGCGGCAGCUGACAUGGAUAUGACGCAUUACCGGAGUUCUAGAGGUAGGACAGAUCUAUUGGACGUUGAUGCCAUGUUCUUCGCUGCUCUCGAUGCAACUUGCAUCGUCUGUGGCACGGAGAUUGAUGGGCGGCAUCGCUGGGCAAAGCAUUUCCGGGCAGUUUCCUUGGGAUCUUUUACCCCAAUCCCUCUAACCCAUCCGUCAGUCUACUGUUCCUCGACAGGUGUGAGGGUGACGGUGCCCUUGUGCCCGGCACCUUCUCAUCCUGCAGUCCGUAUCCCAGCCGAUGCGGUGACGGAUGAAUGGGUAUCCGAGAGGAUGCCCGAGCAUGACCAGACUGAUCUGUACGUAUUCCAUGAACCCUGCUGGCGACGGCUGGUCAGCCAUUUCAGUCCCACCGAGUUCGAUGUGGGCUUUGUUUUUGAGGCUCUAGAAUAUUUGCCGCUGCCCUUGCUAUGUGGCCACCAUGAAUCCACACCAACCGGAUUAUUGUUUCCUUACAAGUGGGAGGCAGUGGAUGAAGGACUUGGACACCAGCCUGAUUAUGCCAACCUGGACGACCUCAUGCGAUUUGCCAAAGCACUUCCGAGCCCCUGGCGUCCGGUGAUGUCUUCUGCUCCAUUCGCGGCAGACCUCUUCCAGCGACUGCCGAUAGAAAUAAUUGAAAUGAUUGCUGUUCUAUUGCCCACGCGGGAUGUACUACAUCUCCGCCAGGUUACUACAUCUCCGCCAGUCUUCUGGAAGACACGUUUCGACUUGAACGCGGAGCGCGGGUUUCUUUGGCCAGUCGUGCGAGACAUUAUAAACACAGCGAAGGGCAAUGGAUUUGAUUGGAGGCAUUUGUACCACUGCACUUGCCAUCUCACCUGCAGCCAAUGGUUUCGCUUGGAGCUGAAAUCUUGGGAGGCGCUCCGGUGGCUUCGGGAUACAGCCCUGGCUUUAGCCUCUGGGGCGCCCCGUCCGCUCGACUAUCGCGGUGAUGCCCUACAUUACUACCAUAAUGCCAUGAUUGGCGAUACGCACCUCGAGGUGGUAGACUGCGACUCUCGGGUGCUUCACAUUGCGGUUUCUGCACAUGAUGAUUGCGGCUCACAUUAUGCCCCUGGGUCUGUGUGUAUCACAGGACUGGAAUUCCUUUUCGAGGAUGGGCCAACGGCCAUCUUGGGUUACACUUCGCCCGGAGCAACGAAUAUACCCAGAAAGAAGUGGAGAAAUUCUCAGCGGACGAAAAUGGCCCAUCCUAGAGUCAGAGUUAUGAUGGAUCUGAUCGACUUUAAAGGAAUCAUGGCGACGCAUAACCUAGAUGGGAGAGAGAAGCACGCCGUAAACGGCGGAGGUGUUGUGUGGGGGAGAGGGACUACCCUCAUCAUGCUUAUCAUGGUUUACGCACUUGUUCUCUGGAAGAGGUCUCACAAGUCGUGGCGGUGUUUAACGUAA